AUGACUCGUUAUCAAACUGAACCCGAUAAUACGAGUAAAUCAUGUAAAGCACGUGGCAGUAAUCUUCGGGUUCAUUUCAAAAAUACCCGAGAAACAGCACAAGCAAUCAAAAAGAUGCCAUUGAAACGUGCACAACGUUACCUGAAGAAUGUUAUCUUGCAGAAAGAAAUUGUUCCAUUCCGUCGUUUUAACGGUGGUGUUGGCCGUAAAGCACAGAUCAAAGCAUGGACAAUGGCCACACAAGGCCGAUGGCCAAAGAAAAGUGCUGAAUUUCUACUUCAAUUGUUGCGUAAUGCUGAAAGUAAUGCCGAUUUCAAAGGAUUGGAUGUCGAACGUUUGGUCAUUGAUCAUAUUAUGGUAAAUCGUGCACCAAAAAUGCGUCGUCGUACAUAUCGUGCACAUGGUCGUAUUAAUCCAUACAUGUCAAGUCCAUGUCAUAUUGAAUUGAUAUUGGCCGAAAAAGAACAAGUGGUAGCCAAAGGACAGGAUGAAGAUGCACCGAAGAAAAAAUUAUCGAAAAAGAAAUUGGCUCGACAAAAGUUGAUGAAUCGUGAAUGA